AGGACUGACACACAAAUAUCUUUUCACAGUUUGCGGGUUUUUUAAAAUUCUGGUUUAUUUGGUUUGCUAAAUCUGGUUGCUAUGUCUGGACGUGGAAAACAAGGAGGCAAGGCGCGGGCCAAGGCCAAGACCCGCUCUUCUCGUGCUGGGUUGCAGUUCCCCGUGGGUCGUGUGCAUCGGUUAUUGAGAAAGGGCAACUAUGCUGAGCGUGUUGGGGCUGGAGCACCUGUCUACCUGGCUGCUGUGCUCGAGUAUUUGACCGCUGAGAUCCUGGAGCUGGCUGGUAACGCUGCCCGGGACAACAAGAAGACCAGGAUCAUCCCUCGCCACCUGCAACUGGCCAUCCGCAACGACGAGGAGUUGAACAAGUUGCUGGGUAGAGUCACCAUCGCCCAAGGAGGAGUCCUGCCCAACAUCCAGGCUGUCUUGCUCCCCAAGAAAACGGAGAGUCACAAAGCCAAAGGAAAAUAACUUUUUAAAAACUUGUUGCAUAGAUUUUCCACUCACACAAAAAACCAAAACCAAAAGGCUCUUUUAAGAGCCAC